GACUCUCAACACUACACCUGCCUCAUUUCACAACGCCUUUCUCUCUCAUAGAUCCCGUGGACGGGAGAGAAGGCCUCGGUUCCCUGGAAUUUCCCGCGGCGAUUUAUGCGGGUGGCUUCUGUUCCAUAUCGUUAGGGAUCAGCAAGGUUGAUCCGAAACCCCCUAGAUGCAUUGGAUUUUAGGAGAAUGAUUGAAUCCCAAUCAAAAUAUUGUGGAGAUAGGCAUUAGAGAAACCCCAGCUUUUUGAUGUAAAUAGCAUUUCAACUGUUAUUUUAGAUUUUUUGAAUACAUUGGGUGGGAUUGUGCAUUUUUGUUUCAAGAUGGGGCAAAAUUGCUGUGUGGCUGCAAAAGACAAAACUUUACCUAACAAUAUCAGUCAUGAAACUUCUACUUAUAGAAAUGUUAGGCAAUCCCCAAGUUGGAAUUUUCGGUGGGACAAUAGAACUCACAUAGAGGACAUUAUGGAAAACCAUGCACGUUGUUCUCAUAAUAACAGUGGAAAUGUUACAUCUGAAGUUAAGAGUGUGGCAGAUGCAGAAAGUGAUGGCCUUUCUGAUAGUGAAAAUCCACAUAAAGCUUUCCAGACAUCCCAAUGGAGGAAGUCCCCUAGAAUUGGAGGGUCUGACAACCCUAAAUUCAUUGCUACUGAUCAAUCUACCGCAUGUAAUUUAUCUUCAGAGGUUAACAACUCACUUAAAUCAUCAGUUUUUCCAAAUGCAUCAGAUAUUGAGUCCUCAACUGCUCUUCCUUAUUCAUCUCCUCCACCUCUCAAGGUGGAAGACCCUUCAUCUUCAACUAGCGGUGGGUUCAACCCCUCUGACCCAAAUUCUUCAAGAAAGUCGAUUCGUUCUCCCGGGUUUCAACUCUACAGACAAAUAUCUGAUAGCAGGAUUCCAUCUCUCAAAUCCCUAAAUGAAGGCAGCAGUUCUCCUGAAGCAGGCAGACUCUCCUUCGUGCUUGGCAACGAGUUAUCCAUAGAAUCUCAUGGCGUUUCUUCCGACGGAUGGUCAAUGCAUACAUUCUCGGAACUCAUCGCCUCUUCACAAAGAGAUAGAUCAUCACUCACCAACGAAAACCUCAAGAUUUCAGAAUUGAAUUCGCAGCCCAAAGGUAACCAUGCACCAAAUCCGCAGACUUGUGGUAUAUGCUCGAAGUUACUGAAGGAGAAAUCUCCAUGGAGUGCUCAGAAGAUAGUCUCUACUAAUGAUCUACCUAUCGCAGCUGUUUUGGUUUGUGGUCAUGUUUUUCAUGCCGAGUGCUUAGAAAGCUCGACAUCGGAAACUGAUAUGUAUGACCCGCCUUGCCAUGUGUGCUCGAAUAAUGUCGAACGACAUGAGCCAAGGGGACGAAACCGGAUAUCGCGAAUCGUCGUGGUGGAUGCUGAUGUAGACUCGAUUUCUGAUAGGAGGACGAGAAGUGGAAAGGGUCCGUUUCUGGGAGUGAGUUCGAGCAUGAAGAACUCAUUGAGUAAGCAGUUUAGUGGAAGGGGACCAUUUCUGGGAGCUAGUUCCAGCAUGAAGAGCUCCUUUGGUAAACCUUUUCUUAAACGGCAUUUAUCGAUGCAUUCAGCGUCUGACAAUGAGAAGACAAGGAAGAAAUGGUUCUGGCCAAGAUAUCUUAGAGAAUGAAUGAUUGUUCGCCCUCACUUGUUAAGUUAGAAGAGGUGGAACUAUAGCUUUGAUUCUUCUGCAUUUUUAGUUUGCUUAAAUAUAAGCACUCUUUCUGAACUAGCUGUUGUGCCUCUUCUAUGAUUAAUUCUCAGCAUUCUUUAGAAUCAUAUAAGCUUUCAUUUCUUGUUUUCUGCUUAUAGGUUUUAAAGCUCAGCCUUAUCAUAUAUAUAUGGCUUUAUUGUGUAUGAUAAUACAUUAUUCAACCAAACCGAUGUGGUAAAUCCUUGGAUUUCAAUUCUGCUGUCAGAAAUUUGAUUCAGGCUGUAAAUCCCUAACUAGAUUUGAUUUUC